CAGGGAUGAUAGCUGAUCAUAUGUCUCCCGGGGCAUAUGAGCACGGUAUGGUGUCUCUGACUACGCGUUGGCCCUCCCAGUUUCGCCCGGGUCUGCUCAAAGCCCGAUAAAAUCUGUUCUGAGAAACUAUGUUAUUCGAGUUGUGCUUCCACCGCGAUCAAUGCAUGGACAACGAAAUGCAACCAUGAGCGGCCCGAAAUCCUGCAGCGACGGUCCCUUGCAUGGAAAUAUUUACCGCCGCCGCGGAUGCAUUGCGAUGACUUCGCCGCCACUUCGAUGGAGUAUCCUGACGUGAGCUUUUGGUCGUUCCCCGUAUGAGCUCUUAACUUCCCCCUGUUUCAUACACUCUCUUUUCUCUCUUCUUGCUAUUCCUAUCCUCACCUUUUUUCCUUAUCAGCAGACCGAUUAUCCAUCCUAUGGCCGCCUCUUCCUAUCCGCUUGAUUCUUACCGCCACCUGGUGCACGAUAAUCAUGCCCGGUUCGAGUCGUUCAUUCAGACUGGUAUAGUGAAGCCCGUGCUUUUGUGGAACCUAGUCAUCCCCGCUAUGUUACCUGUCCUUGCACUCCUUGUUCCGCACCAGAAAGGCGCCCGUUAUGUCCGUCCGCUGGUGAUGGCUUGCGUCAUCGGUCUCGCCUACGAUACCAUCUGCCACCGGCGCAUGCUACUGGGAGGAAAUGGAUAUAUGGGAGGUCUUGUCCCCGCAUGGGGGUGCAUCUGGUCUGCAACAUUACUCAUCUUUCGCAAUGUUGAGUGUGACUUCCAACGCAUCGAGCGUCACUCAUUGCCUCCCGUCACGGCUGGCCCUGACGGAGAUGCGAGCCUGAACGGCCAUACCAGAGAAACGAGAUGCAGGGACGCCACGCUAGAGCGCCCCGAAACCCUCACAUGGCAGGCAUACCCGCAGACUUUAUUCCAUCGCCUGAAUUGGAUCCUUGGCCUGGUCUUAAACAUGCGCGGACCCGAAUGGAACUGGCGCAUCUCCUCCUUGGGCGCGUUGCCACCCUCAGUCCAGUUGCAGCUCAACCCCAAGCACAACAAACACAAUAAUGCAAUUCCGAAGUCGAACAACAUGCGCACUUGCCUCCGCGCAGCAUUUGCAACUUGGCUUAAAUCCUACCUCAUUAUCGACCUUAUCAAGCUCCUCAUGAUCCGUGAUCAAUACUUUUUGGGCGCCGUAUAUCCUUCCCCCGAUCCGCCCUUUCCUUUCCACCACCUGGCCCCCUACCCAGCUCUCGUCCACGUUUACCGCUGCUUAAUCACAGGCGUCGCUAUCUUGGCAGCCCUCAAAUACGUUUGCUCCUUGAACCCUCUCCUUUUCGGCGGUCUUUCCCUCGCCUUCCCGAACGCCGCCCGCACCCUCACAUCCGUCCCCCUCUCUGCUGCCUGGCUUUACCCACCCGCCUUCGGGCCCUUCUUUACCUCCGUCUUUGAUGACGGCCUUGCUGGCUGCUGGAGUCAAUGGUGGCACCAGCUCUUUCGCUUCGGCUUCACCUCCACUGCCCACUGGCUCCUCUCCUUCCUCCCGGCCCGCCUAUCCAACACCCGCACUAUCCGCCGCUUUUUCACCGUCAUCAUCGCGUUCGCCCUCAGCGGCUUAGUCCACGCCAGCGGAAGCUACGUGCAGUACCGCGAAACCAUUCCACUUACCGGCGCAUUUCGCUUCUUCAUACUCCAGGCUGUGGGGAUUCUCGCCCAGGAGAUUAUCUCACCUUCAUGGUCCAGAUGCCCCAAAUCCAUCCGCCGAAUAUGCAAUGCCGUGUUCGCACUGGGUUGGUUACUUCUCACGGGAGGGUCCAUUGUGGAGGAUUUCUCGAGAGGCGGGCUGUGGUUUACAGAGCCAUUGCCCGUGAGUGUGCUCAGGGGACUGGGCAUUGGAGUGGUCCCAACGGAUAGAGGAUGGUGGUGGUGGGGAGGGACAUGGUUUGGGAGUUGGGAUGGUGGGGAGGGAUUCUGGGAGAGAGGGGUGAGGGUUUAUUGACUGUACUGUUGGGCUUGAUUGAUGUAUACUUAGAUUUGCGAUAAGAUCUAGAUCCAAUAUAGAUGUAGAUGUAGAUGUAGAUCUCUAGAACAGGAUAGAACAAUAGGGUUUAGUCGGGUUAGAUCAUUCAUUGUUGGUAUACAGAGACUGACCGUUGCCCAGCUGGCGGUUCCUGGUGAAAUUACUGCUGUGGCAUAAUCGCUGACACGUCUGAAUCUAUAAGGUAUUUGCCUACCUG